CACUGCUUCGAAGGUUUAUGAGACGACUGGAGAAACAAAUCAAGGUCACCCAAUGUGAACACUUCCUUUCAGUUGUCAACAACGAGAGUAAAGGGACAGUGAGUACAAAUAGCCGAUUCGGCACACUCUUCAAAUGUGUUGAAGACAACUGGUUAACGACUGGCUGAGCAAACGUCAUCUGCAGCGCAAUGUGUCCCACAUAACCAAGUUUAGAUAUGAAAAAGAUUUGAAGGCAGAUGUGGAUUGAGUAAAACCUUGUCAUCAAUCCCCCCACAGUACAUCCAUGUGUAUAAUUUUCUUCAAGUUUGACCCCCGGCCUGCAUCCAAAAAUGCCUACAGGCUAAUUUUGGCUGCAAACAGGGAUGAGUUCUACAACAGGCCGUCCAAAGCUGCGGACUUCUGGGGGACCAACAGUGAGAUCCUCAGUGGCCUGGACCUGGAAUACGGUAAGGAAGGAGGAUCAUGGCUGGGGGUCAGCAAGCGGGGCAAGCUUGCUGCCAUUACCAACUACAUGGAAGGACGUCCCAACCCCGAUGCACAAGGAAGAGGAUUUCUAGUGUCUAACUACCUUAUGGACAAGGAUCAGGACAGCUUCUCCUACCUGAAGAAGGUGUCGACAGAGAGCCACCUGUAUAACGGCUUCAACCUCAUCACAGCGGAGUUCAAAGCCAAACAAGACACUGUGUGUUACUAUGGAAACAGAGGCAGCCCUGAACCCAUCCAUCUAAAACCAGCAGGAAUCUACGGCUUGAGUAAUUCGUUGCUGGACACUCCAUGGAGGAAACUGCUGCAAGGCAAGCGUCACUUCAGCAGUGUCGUCAACGACCAAUCCCUGUCCUGCGAUGGACUGGUGCAAGAGCUGCUCGGCGUCCUCAAUAAUGAGGAACUGAACACACCCGAUCCAGCUCAGGAGAGCCAGGGUGAUGGUUACAGCAAGCCCAUGAUCCAGGCUCUGUCAGCGGUGUGUGUUCGCUCCCCUCAUUAUGGCACAAGGACCAAUACAAUUAUCCUGAUAGACGCAGAAGGUAAUGUGACCUUCACAGAACGCACCAUGCUCAACUGUGACACAAGCAACUGGAGCACCAGUUCCUUCCAGUUCAAACUGCAGGUGUGAAGACACGAUGGAGGAAACCAGCUCUGUGCCUUUCUGCAUCACCUCUCCUUCCAUCACCCCCACCUCCCAUCCCUCUCCUCCAGCUGCACUUCACCGUAGCAGCUCUGUGAACAUGAAGACUCGUCUGCACUUUUUCUUCAGCUAGUCUGCACUAGCUGCCUAAUUAACAUCUGUGACACAUGUAUUUCUUAUUCUUGAUUUAAUUUAAAAUGCAACUUUUGAAAAUGUGUGCUAAUUUAAAAGAUUGCCAAAGAACAUUUAGACAUAACAUUUAUUUUGUGGAGGAAAAUAUUUUACCUACAUGUCACAAAAAACAGAGAAAGCAGAGUUGGGCUGCUUCGCUGGCAUCCUGCUUUGAACUGCUAUCAGUUACCAUUGUGGGCAAGAUUAUUUUAAUGCCAUCUAAUUUAUUCUUGUUGGUGUAAGGUUGUUUCCUUUCAAUCUGUUAUAUGGAGUAAUAUACUCUUUAUGCACAAAUUCCUGGCUGAAAUUUGAGAUGGCGUCCUUUAGCUGCAACAAUUAAAAAAACUGUGUUUUAGUAUAAAAAUCCUGCAAAUGAUUUUCUGUUUUACACAAUAGUAAUUCAUGGAGUCACCAGCAUUUUUGUAGAGGAUGUGUAGUCUGAUUUAAGAUCACAGGAAUUGUCAUAGAUUACAGGUACCAACUCCUUUUAAAUUUCCGAUUACAGGUAAUGAUGAUGACAGAUGGCAGGUAAUUUAUUAUGCCCCAACCCUGAACAACAGUAGUCUCAGUCUCAGCAGAUAUUUCAGUUUUGAAAGGAAAUAGUUUCAGGUAUUGGAUUCCCGCUUCCAUGGUAGAACAAUGCAUUUUACUGCUGCUUUACAAUAAAAGCAAUUUAUCCACUCA